AUGACGAGAGGCUACAUCAGUAAGCCCACAGGGUUUGUGCUACUUGGGCUGAGCGUUGGGGCCGUGCUCACCAUCCUUGCUUUAUCAGUGCUCUACGCUCAAGAGAAACGGAAAAACAAGGUAAAUAGCAUAGACGAGACUGGUGUGGAAACGACAACAGAACCCUACAGCACUUCUGAACCAUACAGCACCUCAGCACCAUCAAAACACACCAGAGACAAGUACAGACUGCCUGACACCCUUCGUCCUGAGUACUACAAUUUGACGCUUUGGCCUCGGUUGGUGACGGACGAAAAUGGGAUGUACAUUUUCACUGGGAAAUCUGGAGUGGCAUUCAAGUGCGUGAAGGAGACCAACCUGAUCAUUAUUCAUUCCAAUAAACUGAACUUCACCUUGACGUCGGAGAUGCACCAUGCGAAACUGAUGGGUUUGGGAGGGACAAGCGCUCCGGCCAUCCUGAAAACAUGGUUUGAAACAAAAACACAGUUUAUGGUGAUUCUUCUGAAAGAAAAUAUACAAGUUGGAAAAUCAUAUUGGCUCUACACAGAAUUCCGUGGAGAGCUAUCAGAUGACCUCAGAGGAUUUUACAGAAGCGAAUACGUAGAAAAUGGCGUGAAAAAAGUUGUUGCCACAACUCAAAUGCAGCCCACUUCCGCCCGGAAAACUUUCCCCUGCUUUGAUGAGCCGUCAAUGAAGGCCGUGUUCCACCUGACUCUCCUACACCCCCCUGGAACUGUGGCCCUUGCUAACGGCAUGGAGCUGGGCACUGAAAACAUUACUAUAGAUAAUCAAGAGGUUUUACUGACCAGAUUUGAGCCAACUGAAAAAAUGUCAACAUAUCUAUUGGCCUUCGUCGUCAGUGAAUUUAUCAGCAUACAAUCCCCACCAGAUGCCAAAGUUUUGAUCAGAAUCUGGGGACGUAGAGAUGCCAUUGAGAAUGGACAUGGAGAUUAUGCCCUUAAUGUGACAUUCCCAAUUUUGAAGUAUUUCGAAAACUAUUACAACAUCAAAUACCCUCUACCCAAAUCAGAUCAAAUCGCACUGCCUGAUUUCUCUGAUGGAGCAAUGGAAAACUGGGGUCUGGUCACAUACAGAGAAGAAUCUCUUUUCUACGACCCUAAAGUGUCCUCCAAUAAAAAUAAAGAAUUUGUGGUCACUACAAUCUCACAUGAACUUGCACACAUGUGGUUUGGGAACCUUGUGACCAUGAGAUGGUGGAAUGACCUGUGGCUCAACGAAGGCUUUGCGAGUUAUGUGUCAGUUCUUGGAGCUGAUUAUGCUGAGCCCACCUGGAAUAUUAAAGAUCUGAUGGUGCAGCAGCAGGUUCAUAGUGCAUUUGAAGCCGACGCUAGUGUUUCCUCACACCCGCUCUCUUUAAGAGAAGAUGAUGUCAUUACACCGGAUCAAAUCAAAAGGCUUUUUGGUGAAAUCACGUAUAACAAGGGGGCUGCAAUACUGAGAAUGCUGUCUGAAUUUCUGUCAGAGCCUGUCUUUGCCAAAGGACUUCAUAUCUACUUGAAAGAGUGUGCAUACAACAACACUGUGUACACAGAUCUUUGGAAAAAACUGCAGGAUGUUGUAGAUGCAGAUUCAAGCAUCCAGCUACCAGCCCCAAUAAAUGAAAUUAUGAAUCGCUGGAUUCUUCAGAUGGGUUUCCCUGUAGUAACUAUUGACACUCAAACAGGAACCAUCUCUCAACAGCACUUCCUGACAUACUCAGUAGACAGCAUCAUGACAUCUGACUACAAUUACGAAUGGUAUGUGCCAAUCACCUGGAUGAAGACUGGUAACAACAUGGGUCGGCACUGGCUGCUUACAAAAACUGCUUCAAAUGAGGCCAUGAAGACAGAUACUGACUGGGUAUUGGCCAACCUGAAUAUCACAGGAUUCUACAGGGUUAAUUAUGAUUCCCACAACUGGGAACGUCUUUUUACACAACUGAAUUCAGAUCAUACAGUUAUUUCAGUUCUUAAUAGGGGCCAGAUCAUCGAUGAUGCGUUUAUUUUGGCAUGGGCCGAGAUAAUCAACAUAACCCUGGCUCUGGAAACAACCAAGUAUCUCUCUGAGGAGAAGGAAUACAUACCAUGGGAAGCUGCAAUAAGACAUAUAGAAAACUUUUUCCUCAUGUUUGACCGAUCAGAAGUUUAUGGACCUUUGCAGACUUACAUGCGGAGAAAGGUGCAACCUCUUUUUGACCACUUCAAAGUUAUCACAUCAAACUGGACUCAGAAACCCCCAAGAUACAUGGACCAAAACAACCAACUGAAUGCUAUUUCAAUGGCCUGCAAAACUGGAGUGAAAGGAUGUUCAGAGCUCACUGGGAUGUGGUACAGACAAUGGAUGAAGAAGCCUGACAGUAACCCAAUUCCCCCAAAUCUGAGAAGCACGGUGUACUGUAAUGCCAUUGCUGCUGGUGGUGUUGAGGAGUGGAAUUUUGGAUGGGAGAUGUUUAAGAACAGUACUAUUGCUGCAGAGGAAGAUGACCUAUUAUCUGGUCUAGCAUGCACUAAAGAGCCAUGGCUGUUAAACAGGUACCUGGAAUACACAACAGAUCCAAACCUGAUUAGGAACCAGGGCAUUCUCUUUGCUAUUGUGUAUGUUUCGGGCAAUGUAAUAGGGCAGCCGUUGGCUUGGGACUUCCUCAGAGCCAACUGGGAGUAUAUAAAUAAAGAUUCCGAUGCAGGACCCUCAUUUGAUGAUCUGAUUCACGGCGCCACAAAAAGGUUUUCUACAGAAUUUGAACUGCAACAGUUACAACGAUUCAAAGAAGACAUUGCAGCAAGCAGUUUUAAUACUAGCUUGAAUGCAAUAGAAGAGGCCAUUGAGCAGACUGAAGCCAACUUUAAAUGGGUAUCUGAAAACAAAGAGCAUGUGAUGAAUUGGCUGAUUGAACAGUCAGUCUAAAGGCAAUGUCAAUAUGAAUAUUCUAUAUAUUUGUGUACAAUAUUUGACUCUUUUACUAUAUAUAUAUAUUUUUUUUUUUUCUCCUUGUGAAUAAUAGAGACUUUUUCUAAUAAAGUCUCUUUAUCAGCUGUUCUGUGCCUCAGAACAAAUUAGAUGAUUAAACUAUUUUGUGGUAUUUUAUUA